AUGACAUCUCCGUCUCCGGAACGUGUCGCUCUCUCAGUUCUAUCAUCCUCACAGCAUCUUACAAGACCGCUGAACGUGGUAAAACCUUUUGACAUGGAGACUUUACUGGAGGCAUUCCCGAUCAGCCCUGAGUUUGGCUCAAGGGAGCGUAUUGCAAACCAUAUUGAGCUCAUGCAAAAGUUCAAAUGCAUUUUAGAGAGUGUCGAGCAACCUGGUGGGGACACGAAGGCAUUCCCGACCCCUCCGCGUCGCAAUUUAGAUCAGGAAGAGGAGGGUAAAUGGAGAUUGCAAUGCCUGCUUAUGAGCGCUGAGGUCCGGUACUCGAUGUACCUUCAAAUCCUGAACAAAUGGAUUACGUCUCAUGGAAUCCGAACACCCAAGGAUCCGUGGCCACUCCCACCCUGGGACGUUGCUAUUAUGUUCUAUGCCCAUCUCCUAUCACCGUUCAAUUUCCAGAAAGACAUGGAAUUGAACUAUCCAAAUCUUUGGAAAGCAGAGAUCGAAUUUCCUCUUGCAAAGAUACUCUCUACCAACACAGAUGAAGAGAGUAAACUUGUAUGGAAAGAAGAGUAUCCCGAUAUCCCGUAUCAGAUUGUCGAGUUCACUCCUGCUGGCGAACCCAUAUACGUCACUGAGAACGCUAUGGAUAUACACGGCUACAAAUGCCACUGGAUAGGUUGCUUGUGGAGGGCAGCAAACGUCAUCCCAAUGAUCAAAUGGGCUAAAUACCGUGUUAGCCGCACCGAUCUUGUCUGUCCGGGUUGUAACCACAGGAUCAGGGCGGCCAAGGCUGAAGAUGCGCUUGAACUCUGCCAACGUGAAUUCGGGUUCCCUAUCUUCAACCUAUGGGACAGCCCUCAACGACAGUUCGGUAAACAAGGUUUUGUGGAUCGGAUUUUGGCCUUGGCCCAGAAUCAAGACCAGACUCAAGACCAGUUUCAAGACCAUGUCUUCCGGUAUCUCAAGUUCCUACAGCUCAUGAAAGAAAACCAAAACACCCUUGUCCCAACGCUCGACAUUGAUCUCAUCUGGCACACACACCAGCUCUCGCCAGUCGCAUACGAGAAGUACUGCAAAACGCACAUAGGGCGACCGAUCAACCACGUCGAUACCAUCCGUGCAAUGAGGCGAUCGAAAAAGGAGGAUAAUACAGCAAGCCUCUGGGCCACGCGAUACAGCGAAUCUUAUCAUGACCCGCAAAAUCCGGAAAAAACCGCUGAGAUCGAAAGACGCAAAGCCGCGUGUCAAAAGGACUCCGAAGAUAUAGAAGCCAAGCUGACCGCGUUCGACAAAGACCACGAACAUCUAAAGAAAGAUCUAGACGAGAUAAAAGUCCGUCUAGAAACCAAGCUCGCCGAUUAUCGGACCGUGCAAGAUGCAUCAACGGCAUUGAACGCCGAGAUAGCGGGUAUAGAGACGUCCAUAAGGUCCAUCAAGCCAAAAUUGCGGCUGCCAGGGCUACGUUACUAUAACAAGCAGCAAAAGCAGCAUAUUGCGAAGCUGCAGAACAAGCUCCAGCCGCUAGGAGAGCGGCGUUUAUAUAAGUCGCGCGAGGUGGAAUCGCGCUACCAUGAGUACGACCGUGAAUAUCAGGACCAGCGUCAUAAAUUGGGAUUAUCGAAUACCGCACGCAGAGAAAGGCAAGCCCUGGAGCAGCAGCUUACGCGCAAAGUGACAGAAGCUAAAGCAGCGAUCUGGCGCUUCAAAGGGGAGCAGCUGGAGGACCGAUAUAAUGGGUCGUGGUACUCCAUCGUACCGUCAGAGGCGCAGCUCGGUGUUUAUCCUAUUCUAGACGAUCCAGCAAAUAGGAUUAUUUUCUACCGC